AUGCCGUCGAAUUUACCAUAUGCCGCAGACGCAGAGAGUCCUCUAAAACCCGCCGAACUCCAGGUGCUUAGGGCACAGUAUGAGAAAGAAGGUGACUAUGUCGGGGUACAAACCAAGUUCAAUUAUGCCUGGGGCUUGAUAAAAUCAAAUCAGCGGAGCGAGCAACAACUCGGCGUCCAACUCCUGUCCGAUAUCUUCAAGACCACACCCGAGCGAAGAAGAGAGUGCCUGUACUAUCUGGCGCUGGGGAACUACAAGCUGGGAAAUUACGCAGAGGCGCGGAGGUACAAUGAUCUAUUACUGGAGAAGGAGCCUGGUAAUCUACAAGCCAGCAGCUUGAGGCAGUUGAUCGAUGACAAGGUGUCUAAGGAAGGAUUGAUGGGCAUCGCCAUCGUUGGAGGUGUCGCAGUUGCUGCGGGAAUAUUGGGCAGUAUGAUAAUGAGAGGGUCGCGGCGGCGAUGA